AUGGGUCUCACAGAGAAUUUUUCAGCAACUUCUCUGUCUACUGGAAACCCAUGUUUAGAUUUCUUCUUUCACGUUGUCCCUAACACCCCACCUCAAGAAUUAUUGAAAAGAUUGGAACUUUCUUGGAAACGUGAUGCUUUGACAACCCUUAAGCUUAUUUGCAAUUUAAGGGGUGUUAGAGGCACUGGCAAAUCAGACAAAGAAGGGUUUUAUACUGCUUCUUUAUGGCUUCACAAUUACCAUCCUAAAACCCUAGCAUGCAAUAUUAAAGCCAUUGCCGAUUUCGGGUAUUUUAAGGAUGUGUUGGAGAUUUUGUAUAGAAUUCUUGAGGGUCAUGAAGGUAGAAAGAAUGAAAAAGCAGAGUGGAUGGAAAAGAAAAGAAUUGGUUUUUUGGAGGGUUUAAAGGAGAAAAAAGAUAGGGUUCCUAAGGGAAAGGACCAAAGAAUUCGACUGAAAAAGACUAUGGCUAAGGCAAAGAAAUAAUUGGACAGAUGCACACAAGAUUCUGAUUUUGAAUUCUUGUAUGAUAGUGUCUCUGGUUUCUUUGCUGAUGCUUUGUUGGAAGUAAUGAAGUUGUACAAUGAGGGGAAGCUUUAUGAGCUUAGCCUCGCGGCUAAGUGGUGUCCAUCUCUUGAUUCAUCAUAUGAUAAGUCAUUGCUAAUGUGUGGAAGUGUUGGAAGAAAAUUAUUUCCUCGCGAUGACUACAUUGAAUACCAAGAUCUUGAAGACGCGCAUUAUGCUUAUCGAGUGAGGGAUAGAUCGAGGAAAGAAGUACUCGUGCCACUCCACAAGGCAUUGGAGAUUCCAGAGGUUUAUAUUUGCGCGAAUAAGUGGGAAGAGCUUCCUUAUAAACGCGUACCCUCCGUGGCCAUGAAAUUGUACAAGAAUUUGUUCUACAAGCACGAUCAAGAACGCUUUCAGCAGUAUCUUGAAGAUGUGAAGAGUGGGAAAACAACAAUAGCUGCUGGUGCUCUGCUUCCACAUGAGAUAAUUGCCUCGUUGAAAGAUUCCACGGGGCCGGAAGUUGCAGAGCUUCAAUGGAAAAGAAUGGUUGAUGACUUGGCAAAGAAGGGCAAAUUAACAAAUUGCAUGGCAAUUUGUGACGUCUCAGCAAGCAUGAAUGGAACCCCAAUGGAGGUUUGUGUGGCUUUGGGGCUACUUAUUUCUGAACUUAGUGAAGAACCUUGGAAAGGAAAAUUAAUCACAUUUAGUAGUAAUCCAGAAUUACAUAAGGUGAAAGGGAAAAUUUUGUCAGCGAAGACAAAUUUUAUUAGGAGAAUGGACUGGGGUGGUAAUACAGAUUUUCAGAAAGUGUUUGAUAAGAUUCUUGAAGUUGCUGUGAGGGGGAAUUUGAGCGAGGACGCGAUGAUAAAGAGGCUAUUUGUUUUCAGUGACAUGGAAUUUGAUGAGGCUUCACCAAGUCCAUGGGUGACGGAUUAUAUAGUGAUACAAAGUAAGUUUAAGAAAAAAGGCUAUAAUAAGGUGCCCGAAAUUGUGUUUUGGAAUUUGAGGGAUUCAAAGGCAACACUAGUUCCUAGUAACCAAGAAGGAGUGGCACUUGUGAGUGGAUUUUCAAAGAAUCUCGUGCCUUUGUUCUUGGAGGAAGGUGGGAUUUUGAGCCCAGAAGCUGUAAUGAUGCAAGCUAUUUCUGGUGAAGAGUAUCAAAAGCUUCUAGUCUUUGAUUGAAUUGUUAAAAAAAAGAAUUUGAGAUUGUGAUAAGAUGUGCUCUUUAAUUUCUAUCUAUUAAUAAGAAAUUCAGAGUUCCUAUAUAGUUGUGUUCAUCUUCAUGUAUUUCGUUUUAUUUUCCUUUGACUAUUCCUU